AUGGCGGCGGCGGCGGCGGCGGGACCCGGGUCGGGCCCGGGAACGCCGGGAUCGGGCCCGGCGGCGGUGGCGGCCCCGCCGAGGGGGCUCCGCGCGUGGCUCCGCAGCGCGUUCCGCUUCGCCACCGACCGCAACGACUUCCGCAGGAACCUGCUGGUGAACCUGGGGCUGUUUGCUGCCGGGGUCUGGGUCGCCCGGAACCUGACGGACAUCGACCUGAUGGCCCCACAGCCCGUCCCAUAGAGCCGGAAUUCCUGGAGCUGCAGGGAGCAGAGCUCGCCCUCCCACCAGGACCGGAGCCGUGUUGGGCCGCGACGGGUUCGCUGCAUUCCUGGAAGGACGUCGCUCUCCUCCCCUGCAGAGCUGCUGCUCCCAGUCCCUCCUGUCCUGCUCCAGGCAGUGACAAGGGGGAAAGAUUUAAGGCUGAGAGGAAGAAUUUAUUUCCAGUUCAUUCCUCAAGGCACAACAAGAAUGGUUUUCUAAAGGAUGGUUGUGGAAUUUCCUUCUGUACCCCCCCCAGAUGUUUAUUAAAGUCUAUGGAAUAACGACA